GGCCACAGGGAAGGGGAAAGAACAAGAUACACUCCACAUAAUGAGCUAAAAAUGAGAGAACUGCCCAUCAUAAUGAGCUGAAAAACAGCAGCUCAACAUUAAUGAGCUGACACAUAGUAGCUAAAAAACACAGCCAAAAAACCGAGUAGCCAAGCCCAACACGAGAAGCAACCAGCAGCCUAAGAACCAAGGAACCCAAAUAGCUAGCACACCCAAAGUUUGCCAAGCCCAAGCACUACCUACUCAUGAAUAUUGGAUGCUUUCCAUCAUAGGGUAGUAUAAAAAAAAUAAAAAAACUAUAGCAUUCAAUUUACAAUAAAAAAAACUAAAAUAAACUGAAAUUUGCAAGCAUCGGACUAAAAUUGGGUCUUAUCUGGUUUGAGUCGAUUUGAGUUCGACGGGGCUUAAAUGAGUUGAUGGUGUCCAAUUCGACUUGAUUUGAGUAAAGAAAGUGCCAACACACGAUUUAAACAUGGGAUGUGUAGACCAAUUGCCACCAAUUUAGAUAGUUAUUUCCAAUCAAUCAAUUGUUGAAUUGAUAUUUUUUAAAUCUCCAAUUGGAUUUGAAUUACCAGCUUUGGUUCUAAAGGAACCCAAGACCUGAUGGAAUUUGAAUAUUAUUGUUUUUUCCGGAAGAGCAAAACUAUGGUACUAAUUGAUUUGCAAAAACGGAUAGAAACAAAACCGCAAUAAUAAAGGCUACAUCUAUGAGAAAAAUAGGAAGGAUGGAAAUGCAUCGAUGAAAGAUGCAAGAUUGUGGCAAUACAAUCAUGCAGACUGCAGCUUUGGGAAUAGAAGGGAAAAAGCUCCGAUAACAUUACAAGAAUUGAAGAAUCCGUUGAGUAUGUCAUUUUGAUAUUUGUGCAAAACUUAUACAAUAAUAGGAGAGCUUUUAAUAGAAAAAUAUAAAAAAUCAAGUAAUAAAAAAUAACCACAAAAUUAAUUGCAGUAAGACAUCCCAUAGUUGUUCCGUACAAUCGGUUAGCACACAUGGAUUGCGAAGUGGUAGCAAGGAUAUCAUGGAUCCAUGAGGUGGCAGGGAGGAGCCAACUAUGGAUUCAGCUUGGGUGGAGUCUAGUGUGUAGAUGGUGUUGUAGGUCUAGCAGAAGAUGGUGCUACAGGUGCCAAUCGGGAGCGAAAGUCUGGGAUCAGGAGUCUGGACCAGUUGUGGGUUAGAGCAAGGGGGUAUGGCCUGCUGGGAACACAAACCAAUAUGCAUAUGGAAACAAAGAGAUUGGGAAUCUUGAACCAUUCAUUUAAGGAACCUUAAUAUCAAACAAGUACAAGUCAGUAGAAAAAGUUCAGUAAAGAUCCACCAGUUUAGGCAGUAUGAAUCCUGCAUGACAGAGAGAAGGCAUUAAAGGGAACCAGCCAAUUACAUUAUUUAACUUUCUUGUUGAAUUCUUUCAGCAGAACCUUUUCCAGGUAUGAAAAGGAAACUUAACAUCAUUCCAAAGUUCUUGUGCCGAGAAAGAGUUGAAUCUAAAACAUUUGGAGUUUCUUUCCUUCAAAAUGUACCACAAAGAAGCAAGCAUUGAAAAUGUUCCAAAUUACUAACUGGUAAUUUGGGAUUCAUUUGACUAUGAUAAAGGAGAAAAUAACUAGCAAUGGAUAUAAAAGUUAUGCGCAAGGCUCAAACGGUGCAUUUCAAUUAUUGCCCUCCUUAAUCUUCCCCUUUGUAGUGCUUAGAGAUCCAACAUUAUCAAGGUUAAGAUUUUUGAGGGCAUAAAUAUUGCACUACUACGGGUGCAAGUCAAAAUUGCAAGUGCCAGCAAAAAUCAACAUUAUCUGGAUUGCACAUGAACCACAUAAAAAUUUUUAGGUUAUUUUCCAUUCAUUGACUGCUAGAUUUGAGCGAAUUUUUGUGAUCCUGUUAAAUUAUGUGGCAAACUAUUAUGGAAGCAAAGCAAAAUUUGAAGCUUAUUUCUGAUUUUAGGCUGGCAUCUUCAUUAAUUUGCUUAAUCAAAAUACUUAAAGAUAUUCAUUUUGAGAUCUAUCUCUGCAGGUAUGAUUAUUCUGGAUAUGGCCAAUCAUCCGGAAAGCCAAGUGAGCAAAACACCUAUGUUGAUAUUGAGGCAGUUUAUAAAUGUCUUCAAGAAAAUUAUGGGACCAAUGCAGAAAAUAUUAUUUUGUACGGUCAAUCAGUUGGCAGUGGCCCUACUUUAGAUUUGGCCACUCAAUUGUCUAAUAUAAGAGCAGUUGUUCUGCACAGCCCCAUUCUGUCAGGUCUCCGAGUAAUGUACCCGGUGAAGCACUCAUACUGGUUUGACAUAUAUAAGAACAUUGAUAAAGUUCCACGUGUAACCUGUCCAGUGUUAAUAAUUCAU